GGCGUCAUAAGGUUUCCAUUUCCCUAGCAUCUCCAUUUGCCUGUUCUGCAAAAGCUCUUGGGGUUUAAGAGAGGUUCUGCCUUGCCACUAAGACCACAGCCCGCAGAAAGCCCUUUAAUGGCUUUUUCCAGAUUACUACUCUUCAGAACCUCUCUCAGUCCUCUUCCUUGUUUUCUCUCUCUAAAACUACCCAUUCCUUCCAUAUCUUGUGUUAACUUCUCCUCAUGCUCUUCCCCUAGGUAUUUUUCUUCUCCUUUUCUUGGACUUUUGGGAAAUUCACACCAUGUGUUCUUCUGUAAUGGAAAUUAUACUCUGCCCAAGUCGAGUUUCUCUGCAAAGUUACAUAUUGAAAGCUUCGAAAAGGUUGAACAGAGUAUUACAGCAGGGGCUUCACAUCCUUGGCCGGAAUGGGUUGAGUUCACGGAGAUGUUGAGGAGUAGGGGCUAUCUUGAUCAGACUUAUUCGGAUGGAGUAUUAGACGAUGAUGAAGUUCCAAAAGACUUGAAUCGAGUUCAAACUGCCUGCGUGACCUUUGCUCGCGAGCGCUUUGACAUUCUCAAAUCUUUGUCUAAGAAAGAUAUUCAGGCUAUUGUAGAUUGUGGAUGCCCCAAUUUAUUCCGAAAAGCAGUCAAUUCCGCAAAGCGAUUGAGAGCUUUUGUGAAUGUUGAUGAAGGAGAUGUAUGCAGUGCCUGCAAUCUACGGGGAUCCUGUGACAGAGCAUACGUAAAUGCGAAGGAAGAGGAAGGAGCUCGCACUGUUGAUAUUGUGCGCAUCUUGUUGAGCUAUGCAAUGGACCCAGUUGUUCUCUCAGAGGGUGGCAAACCACAUGGAAGGGAAAAUGUUGAAGUGUCUGCUCGCAAGUUGCUUACUGAGCUUGUUGAACUCAGCGAUACACCUCUCGAUCCAGCCCUUCCAACAUCUGUGUUGAAAUCUAUACCGGAAAAACUCCAGAAGGUGAUGAUGGGGCAGGAAAUGAAGAAAGGGGACUGGAUCUGUUCCCAGUGUGAUUUCAUGAACUUCGCAAAGAACGUGAAGUGUUUGCAGUGCGGAGAAGGUGGUCCAAAGAGAGUUGAUCCUGAAGAAGAAAUGAAAAAAGGGGACUGGAUGUGCCCAGAGUGCAAUUUCAUGAACUUCGCUAGGAAUGUGAGGUGUUUGAAGUGCAAAGAAGUGGGUCCCAAAAGGGUGAAUUUUGACAAUGUUGGAAAGAAGAAAGGGGACUGGACCUGUCCCCAUUGCCGGUUCAUGAACUUUGCUCGUAAUACCAAUUGCCUACGCUGCCAAGAAAAGCAGCCGAAGAGACAACUUCUUCCUGGAGAAUGGGAGUGCCCUUCGUGUGACUUUUUAAAUUACAGGAGGAACAUGGUGUGCCUACAGUGUAACCAUAAGCGUCCCGAGGAAAAAGGAGCACAAACUCUGAGUUCCAGGGGAAGAGGUUACAAUGAUGAAUCAAAAUCAGAUGACAAUUUUUCAGAUAUAUUGCCCGUUAGUGAGGAUGAGACUGAAUUCGCUAUCAACAGGAGAAAAACACCUCCUCAGAGGAGAUCUUCAAGAGCGAAGGACUUGGCCUGAACAUGGUCUUGGUAAUUAUCAAAAGAAAGAAAGAUUUUGGUUUUGUUUUAAAAAUGAUUCUGGUUUUGUUUUAAAAAUAAUUUCGAGUUCAAUCAUGCUGGUAACUUAUUCCAUGAAUGUAUGUGCGACUGUAUACGUAACCAUGGUAAGAUCCUUGCAACUUCAUGUAAAAGAGGUCUAGCAAUUCAUUUCUUUUAUUGUUUCUCCAA